UGUAUCAUCUUAGAAAGUCUAUGUGUAGGUAUCUCUUUUUGUAUACGUAGAAACGAUCUCGAGCACUAAACGAUAAAACCUUGAGAGUCUUGAGGAGUCUGACCAGUGCCUUCGCAGACGUGGAUCCGCAAACUACAUGAAAUCGGUGUCUUUAACGUGUUCUGUGUCUGCGUCAUCGGUUAAUUCAAUUUCGAUAGACCGGACGUAUCUCUCAUGAAAAUACGUAUUUGAAUAUAACGUGAGAAAUGGUUACGAUCGUGAAAGAAAGUGCGAAUUAUUACACCUACUUCCUAUAUUUAUUUUUUACGAUUGAUCAAAUUUAUCAGAAACAUACAAGAAAAGUCAUUUGAAAAUUAAUACACGAAUAUCAUAAUCCAACACGUGUGUUAUAUUAGGUUUUUGUUAUUUUUUUUUUUUUUGUUUUUUUUCUUUUUUCCUUUUUUUUUUUUCUUUUCCGAAAGACAGAUUGAAUCAAUAGAACAGCUCCCUCGAUCUCUAUCGAUUCAUCUUCGUCCCGAAUUCUUACUCACAGUCAAAGCAAACAUUCCGGUAAAAAAAGAAAGAAAAAAAUAAAAAGGAAAGAAGAAAGGAAAAAAGAGAAAAGAAGAAAAAAAGCGAAAUCUGAAAGGCACGUGUAUUUCGUGGCUUACUAUAUACACUCGACAGACUUUUUUUCGAUUUGUUACGACAGCUUACGUGAUCAAGAAAAGAAAUAGCAGAAUUUCCAAGUCAUUGGCCAUUCAUUCAUUCCUAUUCUCUCUUUCAUCUCUAGGAAUAACGUUCUCUGAAUUUGAUAUUCUAAGAAGAUUGCCCACGCCGAAUUUUUCGAGAUACCGGAAAGAUGAAGUCAUUAAUUUGCACUUUAUAAACGUACUUUUCAACGUCGAACGAGUCAGAUAAUAUCGAGAACUCGAAUGUAUCUGAUUGGUAAGUUUGUCCGCGUGCAUCGAAAAGGUGUGUGUUAAAUUAUUGUCGAAGAUAUAAGAAAAGGUAUAACUAAACGAAGAACUUUAGCUCGUCCAUUGAAAGCGUCGUAAUCAAGAAUAAUUCAAUGGAAUAUAUGUCCAUUAAUAUAUCCAUUUGAAAAUCUAAUAUAACUGACAUUAAUAUGUAUUACUGAUAGUCCAGUGAAGAAAAUGUCAAGGUGAAACGGAAGAUACCGAAGAAUAAGAAAAAAAAUCGACGAAAGAAACACGAAACGAGUCGAUUGUUGAUUGUAAGAAAAAAAAAAAAAAAAAAAAAAGGAAAAGAAAAAUUGUUUGAACAAUAUGUCAGUCAUUCAUAAACGACAAAUGGUCUUCUUAAGAUUUAUUAAUGCCAAUCGUCCGAAAGGUGAACGAAUUUCUCUUUGAGUGUAUUUCUUAAUAGAAAAAAAAAAAAAAAAGAAGAAAGAUAGAGAAAAGAAAUUCGACAUGCAUCGACUAAGCAAUUCGAAAAGAAAUUUGUGCAGUAUUAUGCACAACUUAACAACUUCGUUUUUACUCUUCGUGCUUAUGUCAAGACUAAUUAUCGUCGAGAGUAUAAUGCCUGUCAUUCAUUCUAUAUCAUUGCAAAAUGAUACGUCCAUACCAGAAGAUUAUAAAGAUCUACCAUUAGUUGGAAAAUGUUGUCCGACGAAUCGAAUAUUAAUUUUAAAUAAAGAUCAAAAUAGGAAAUGCAUUCCAUCGAAUACAUCGGAAUUAAUAUUCUCACCACCUUUUUAUGAAUAUAAUUCAUCUGGUAUUUGGCUACCAGGUAACGAACGUAAACGUUUCGUUGCGCUCGUUGGCGAACCUUGUCACACAAAGAGAGUCUUGGUAAUCCAACAAAACGAUCAAGAAGAAGAUCAUUAUCUUUUACUUAACGGUUCAAUUUCUUUACCCGACUCUGUUCCUCGAAUCCUCAUGCCUGGCCAAGAUUAUUGCAUGGAAAUCACCCCAACGUUAGGUCUGAUAAUAGUGAUGUGCUUUCCGAAAGAUAAUAAAAUAUUAAUGGCAGACGCUAGAAUAAUAUUUUAUGCCUGUGGACUUUUAAUAUCCGUACCAUUUUUAAUACUCACCAUAAUAGCCUUUUCAAUAACGCCCAGGUUGAGAGAUAUCUAUGGAAAAAUACUUUGUCAUUAUUGUGGAUGUCUCGCUUUAGCGUUCACCGGUUUAGCCAUUACGCAACUUGGCGGUGUACAUUGGGAAGGUCAUACAUGUAUAUGCAUAGCCUUCGUCAUUGAAUUCUCCUUCGUGGCAUGUUAUUUCUGGUUGAACGUAAUGUGCAUCGAGACAUGGUUGUUAAUAAGAAAUCACGUUCAUCAUGUUGCCUACCAAAGAAUAAAACCUAAUGUACUCUUUUUUUAUUACUCGAUAUGGGCUUGGGGAUCUUCUGGUAUUUUUAUUCUUUUAUCUAUAAUAAUGGAUCUCAACCCAACGAUACCAAUGAUAUACAUAAAACCAAACGACAUUAGCGAAAACGACAACUGUUGGUUUAAACCGGACAUCAAGACGAUGCCAUUCUUUUUUGUGCCAGUUGGGUUGCUCUUACUAGUCAAUUUAAUAUUUUUUAUCUUAACGGGAACAACGAUAAGACGAUACCAAAAAGAUCUAUCGCUUAGACGAUUAGCCAGAAAUUUGGAAUCCGAUCGGCAAGACCAAAGGAUGUUUCAUAGUUUGAAGAGAACGUUUAUAGUCUGCAUAGUAUUAUAUUCAUUGAUGAGUUUAACUUGGACCAUGGAAUUGAUAUCAUGGUUUACCGGUGGUAAUCCCUUCGAUUGGUCCGUCUACGAUCUAGUGAAUGCUUUACAAGGUCUUCUUGUUUUUGGUCUCUUUGUACUUCGUAGACCAGCUAGAGACUUUAUUUGGUAUAGAAUACAAAGAUUUCGUGGUAUCGAUGUCGUUGAACCACAACCUGAUACCGCUGUUUUUAGUUUACUUACGGUCAUAAAUUAAAAGAAAAAAAAGAAAAAAAAAAAGAAAGAAAGAAAUAUAAAAAAAAAAGAAAAUAUCGCUGGCCCUCAUAAAUAAGUGAUAAGUUGACCUUUAUAAAGACUACAUUUGGUAUUACGUAAUUGACAACUGUAUUUGUGUCUCGUGUUUUAUAUUAAAACGAUUAAAUUUAAUGUACAUAUAUAUAUAUAUAUAUAUAUAUAUAUAUAUAUAUAUAUAUAUAUAUAUAUAUAUAUAUAUACUUUUAAUGUCAAAAUUUAAUUCGACAACGUACUGAUAACAUGAAAAUUAGAAUUGAUAUAAUUAUUUAAUAAAUUUAAUUAUUAUAUAAUUAGGAAUGUUCUUUUAUGUUAAAUUUUAAUGUAUAUAUAUAUAUAUUUCUUUUUUUUUGAUCUGUUGCAAAAGUGUACGUUUAUUCUAUUGUACGUUAUUUUUAAGGAAAAAAUUCAAACAUAAAAGAGUAUUUUAAGAAAAUGCUAAAGAAAUUAUGCAACAAUCUAAUAACAACAUGUUUUCUCACCAUGCUCAGCUAUAUUGGUGUAUAACUGAGUGUUAUUUAUGUAUCUGUACAUUUGUUAUCUAACCACUAGAAGUAAUAUGUCAUUAAUUUUAGCAUUUUCAUUAUUAAAUGAUCUCUCUUUUUAUUAUUAAAUGAUCGUUUUAUCGUUUAACUUGUAAACAGACCUUGAAGAAAUCAUGUAAAUUACAUCGUCAUAUUCUUGUUAUCGUUACUUCAUUACAAUAUAUUAUACACUAUUUUAAUAUUAUUCAACGUCUAAUUGACAAUUAUUAUUAUUUAUUUAUAUAACGUAAAUCUAUUUAAAUACAACCGAUCGUGUAAAUAUGUUAAUGAUAAUAUUUUUCUUAAUAAAAAUAUUUAUACGAAUUAUAAUAAUAUCUUAUGCCUCUACUUAAUGAAUAAAGGUUUACUCAGCAAUGAAAUGCACUGAUAAAAAAUACUGUUACAUUUUAUUUUCAUCGUUAUAUAUAUCGUGUAUAUAUAUAUAUAUAUAUAUAUAUACAUAUAUAAUAUAUGUAUGUAUAUCAUUGUAUAUAUUUAUUAUUUUGUAUUCAUACACAUCGUAAACCUGAACUGGUAUAUAAUUUUAAAAUAGCAAGUCAUAACAUUGACCUACAUAUCCAGUCAAUAAGCCUCGUUAUUUAAUAACGAAUGAUCUAAAAUGUCUCAAAAGAGUGCACGCGUGCAUAUAUGAUUACAACAAUUGAUUACAUUUAUAAAAUGCGUCAAUUCACUCUAAUAAGCUCUUCGAGAUAUAAGGUAAUUAAGUGCGAGUGCAUCCGAGCAAUAAACUCAGAAGCAUUAACCAGGUACCAAAAAUAACAUAAAAAUAUUAUAAACAAAAUUGUCUAAUAUCUAAUAAUAUAAUAACUAUGUAUAUAUAUAUAUAAUAUUAUGCCAGAUAUUUUCCUCCAUUAAAUUUCAACACGAAUAUUAUAGAUUAUGUUUCUUUGUUCGAUGGAAUUAUCACAAUAGCAGGAAAUAAGUAUUCGAUUAACCUUUUAUGGUUAAGGCAUUUAAAAGCGAUAUUUAAACAGUACGAUAUACUAUUCCUAUUUUGGGUAUCAUUUAUUAAUAAAAAAUAUUUGUUCUUGUAAUUAUAUGUCAAAUGAGAUCAAA